AGCCCAGCAACUAUACGUGUUCGAGAUGCAAGACCCGCUACACCUCCGCCUGGCGCCUCAUCCAGCACGUGCAGCACUCGCACGGCGUCAAGAUCUACGUGGAGGCAGGCUUGACUGUGGCCACGCCCGCCGCCCUCAAUGCAGCCGCAUCGGCGGCCGCGAACGCCAGCCUCAGCCCCGACCGCAGCCUCAGCCCCUCAUCGGCCGCAGCAGCAGCGGCGGCGGCGGCAGCAGCAGCAGCAGCAACCGUUGGCAUGCCGCUGCCCUUGCACGCGCUGAUGGCGCAGGCCGUCGCCUCGCAGUCGCAGUCGGCGUCACAGUCGGCGUCAGCAUCGCCGGCCCCGAAGCGCAGCAGCAGCAACAGCAGCGCAACGGCAAUUGUUGGUGGUGCCGGCUCGGCCAACACCAGCAGCAGCAGCACUGCGAGCAGCGGCAACUCACCGACACAGCAGCUGUUGCAGCAGCGCGUACAGCAGCAGCAGCAGCAUCAGCAGCAACAGCAACAACAGCAGCAGCAACAGCAGCAGCAGCAGCAACAACAGCAACAGCAGCAACAGAACAUGGCCUCGGCAAUGGCAGCGGGCAUGCGCCAUCAUCCGCUCCUGGCGCCGCCCGAGGCGAUGCACGCGAAUCCCUUCCAGCUGCUCCGCAUGCCGCUGCCCCCGGCGCUGGCCCAGGGCAAUGUAGUUCCUAGCGUGGCGCCCCUCUUCGGCCGCCCCACGCCCGCCGACCACUACCGCAUGGAGCAGCUGGUCAGCGAGCAGUUCCGCCAUCACGGCUUCAAUCUGGCUGCCGCCGCCGCCGCCGCCCAGGCCCAGUUCAAUGCCACCACCCAGCAGCAGCAGCAACAGCAGCCGUUGCCAGGAGUUGCCGUCAAUGUUCCUAGCGGCGUCGAGCCACGGCCGCCCUCGAGCAACAGCAGUCAACGCGGCUCAGUGCCGCCCGCUUCGCUGCCACCACCUUCGCUCAGCUCUCAGCAGCAACAGCAGCAGCAGCAGCAACAGCAGCAGCAACAGCAGCAUCAGCAGCAACAGCAACAGCAGCAACAACAGCAGCAGCAGCAACUGCAACAGCAGCAACAGCAACAGCAGCAACCCAUUGCCGCCGCUGUGAGUCCAGCGGGCGGCGCUUUGCAACUGGAACCGCAGCAGAUGGAUUUUUACUCGCAGCGAUUGCGUCAGCUUGCGGGCACAACAAGCCCUGGAGCUGGCAACAUUGUUAACUCGAGCUCGCCGAGUCCUAGACAGAAGCAAUCGCCGCGCUUUGCGAGCCCCUCGCCCAGCUCCGCAGCCAGCUCUGUGCAGCUGACGGCGACCCCGCGGCCCCACUCCCUGACGCCGCCCGAGAAGAGCGCCGAGAAUGGCGGCGGACAGCUCGGACAGCUGCCGGGCACGCCGCGGAGCACGGCCAGCACGCCGCCCAGCAAGCCCUUGGAGGGCGAGCGCAGCGAGGCGGAGCUGGAGGCGAGCUGCUACGCAUGCGGCUACUGCGACAAGAAGUUCCGCUUCGAGAACAAUCUGAUCAUCCACCAGCGGACGCACACCGGCGAGAAGCCGUACAAGUGCACCGCCUGCGACUUCGAGUGCUCCCACAUCCAGAAGCUGAUGAAGCACAUGCGCGUCCAUCGCAGCCCCGCCGAGGGCCAAGACGGCAGCAGCAGCAACGGCGGCGACAACAACCAGGAUGGGCAUGACGGGGGCAGCAACGCCGACUCCUUGGAGACGAACGAGGCGGACAACGACGAGGAUCCGAAUCCAGAGGACUCCGACGAAGAGCUCAACGACGAGGACGUCGAUGCGGAUGCGGAUGCGGAAGAGGACGACGAGGACGAGCUGGACGAUUGCGAGGACGUUGACUACGAGGCCGAGGAUCUCAGCGUCAACAAUCGCAUCGACGGCAAGAGCCAGAGCCCAAAGACGACCAGCUCCGGCGCCACCUCGCUGGUGGGCGAGCUCAUGGACAAGUUCGGCCUGUCCAACAUCGCCCAGUACUCGGAGGCCUACAAGCAGGCGCUGCAGGAGUCGGGCCGCAAGGAGGCGGCUGCUGUGGCCGCAGCUGCUGCCGCCGCCGCUGCCGUCGACAACAACAACCGCGGCUCCUCCGUGGCAGGCGGCGCCUCGAACGCAGCAGGCGCUGCUGGCGACAAGCUGAACGGGCUGCCGGUUGCCGCGCUGCGGCUGCGCGACGAGUUCGCCAAGAACUGCAACAUGUUCCAGCCGCAGCCGCAGGACGGGCCCGCCCAGGUGCCGCUGUUCAAUCCGUUCCCCAAUCCCUUCGAGCUGUCCAAGCGCAUGAAAAUGGACGGCGGCGACUGGUGGGGCAUGUCGGCGCUGCACCGCAACGAGGCGCUGUUCGAGAACCUGAAGCUGAAGCCGCUCGGGCUGGGCGGCGCCAACUCGCUGCUGCAGGGACCCCUGCUGAAGAAGGAGUCGCGCCAAAGGAACGACACCUGCGAGUUCUGCGGCAAGGUGUUCAAGAACUGCUCCAACCUGACCGUGCACCGGCGCAGCCACACCGGCGAGAAGCCGUACAAGUGCGAGCUGUGCUCCUACGCCUGCGCCCAGAGCUCCAAGCUCACCCGCCACAUGAAGACGCACGGCCGCACCGGCAAGGACGUCUAUCGCUGUCGCUUCUGCGACAUGCCCUUCAGCGUGCCCUCCACCCUCGAGAAGCACAUGCGGAAGUGCGUCGUCAACCAGGGCAAGGCGGCGGCCGCUGCGGCCAACGCGGCCAAUGCCGUCGCCGCUGCCCAGGCAGCCGCUGCCGCUCAGCAGUUGCAGGCGGCUGCCCAGGCCCAACAGCAGCAGCAGCAGCAGCAACAACAGCAGCAGCAGCAACAGCAACAGCAGCAGCAACAGUUGCCCACACAGUCGUCGCCCUGCCCCAUGGGCGUGGCUGUGGGCUUUCCGCCGCAAUUCGGACACAAUCUGUCGCUGGCGGGCAGCGUGAGCGGCGACAACGACUCCAACGCUUCCUCCAGCCUGCCGGCGCACUCCAUCUCGCUGAAGGAGGAGGCAUGACUUUUUAGCAGCUGGAGCAGCAGCAGCAGCAGCAGCAGCCGCAGCAGGUGCAGCAACACCACCAUCAUCCGUUGGCCAGCAGCCGCAGCCGCCUCAUGUCGCGCAUCUUCUAAAGAUGUUGCACCUCGCCCCCGAGUCCCGCCCCGCCCCGCCUCCGCGUUCGCCCCUUGUACAUAUGAAGUGAAGCACAGUUGUCGUACGGUUAUGAUACAGCCCCCCUCCCCAGCUACGGCCCAACCCUCUCGCCCCCUGCAACUGCAACUUUCUAAAAGAUUGCGCCAGCAGUUGUUGUUGCCCCAUGCAAGCAUUCGGCUGCUCCUUGAAGGCGACUUACAACACGACCAGAGGCAUUUAAUACCAAAGCAAUAACCGUUAUGUAAUAUAAUUUUAAACAAAAAACUCAAAUUUUUUUUUCAACAUUUUUUUUUUUAUUACGUUUUAUAUACAAUAUGUGUGUGUCUGCUAAAGAAGUACUAUACUACAUAUGCCUAAACAUA